CAAUAGAGAAUAAUUGGAACUAACGCGUUUGUUAACAUAAUGCCUCAUAUUGUUUAAUGGAGGAUUAUUUUUUUCUCUUAAACGGCGUCCUUCGAUUAAUAACAUCAUUAUUAUAUUUGUUUAGAUUUUCCUGCUACAUAUACAUGCUGAUUGUUAAGUGUUUAAACUAGAUCACAUACGCAUCAGAGUGCCAUUUGGUUUCAACGCGUGACUUCCUGUUUGAUUUAACCAAAAUUUAGAACAAUCGUGCGACGCAAAAGAUAAGACUAUAUAAAUGUGUAUUGGGCAACAUAUUCACACAGCAACUUUGCUUUGGAAGGAGCCUAAUCGAAAGAUGAAAUUCGCCGUGUGUCUGCUUGUUCUGUUGCCAAUGGUCUACUGUGCCAGUAUUGAGGAGAGGUUCCUUUUUACCGGGCUCCACAUUGAUGAAGUUGUGGAAAUUCUGGGCCACUACCUCGGCUCCGACACCAGCGAAGCUGCAUGUGAGGCCGCCUGUCCAAGCAUCCUCAGUGAAAUUCCAGGCGGUAGUCUGGCCGCUCCACUGCUGUGUUCACCGGCAUGCAAAGAGGUCAUGAGACGCGGAAAAUAAUUGAUAUCACUUGAUGUGUUAUCACGGAACAAUAACUUAAAAUAAAUAAAACACGUUGCACACAAGCUUGAA